CGGUAUUCAGGCUGAUUUCAGAUCAGUAUUCAACCUGUGUUCUUUCUGUGUUCUCAGUCAUAGCCUUAUUUUUCUUCUUACUGGGUUCUGUCUCCAAGAACUUUAGUUAACUUCAGAACUUUACACACCGUUCUACCUACAGAACCUCUACACACCAUUAAACAGAAUCUCUGUCCAGACCCUCAUUCCAGAACAUCAAUACACCUUAGAACCAGAACCUUAAUCAGUUGUAUUUGUUUGUUUUAAAAAAACAAGGAAAACUACAAAAAAAGGAAAAAAAGGAAAGAAAAAAAGAAGAAUGUCUUGUACGGGUUCAUUUGGCAAAUGAGUAGUAUGCAAUUAUUGCAAGAAGCCCGGGCACUUGAUCAAAGAAUGUAGGAAAUUGCUAUUCAAGAAUCAAGGAAAUCAGCUUGGUCAUGUUGCUUCCGCUACCAGUUCGUUUGAUGGAUCAAUUGCUGUUUCUUCAAACGAGUAUGCCAAAUUUAUUUCCUACCAAGAAUUUCUAAAGCAUUCAUCUGUCCCUAUCUCGGUAGUCGCUAAUUCAGGUAUUUCAAACACAUGUCUUGUUUCCUCAUCCUCGAAAUGGGUCAUUGACUCAGGUGCCACAGAUCAUAUGACUGGUAAUCCUAGUCUAUUCUCAUCAUUUCAUUCAUAUUUACCUACUUCUAGUGUCACUUUAGCUGAUGGAUCUACCUCACCUGUUCUUGGAUCCGGUACUGUUAACCCAACUUCUACAUUACCAUUAUCACCUGUUUUGAGUCUUCCUAAUUUUGCAUUUAAUCUGCUUUCCAUCAGUAAAAUCGCAUGUACUCUUAAUUGUUCUGUAACAUUUUUUCUGGAUAUUGUGUGUUUCAGGAUCUGUUGACAAAGCAGACUAUUGGUAAAGAACAUGAGUCGGCUGGUCUUUAUAUUUUGGAUACAUCAAUCACAAAAGUUAUUCCACAUGUUACGGUUCCCGACCCCAGACCUCUAGUACACUUGGUUUACAUCCGUCAAAACGGAGUACAAGAUCACCCUCCACCUAUGGUUACUUCUCCUGAUACUGAUCCGAUCUCGAUUUCAUGUCCUGAACCAAUACCUACAUCUUUAGAUCUUGUCUCUACAUGAGAUCUUGACCUCCCCAUAGCACUACGUGAAGCGUGAAUCUAAACAAAAAAAAAGAGCUACAUUCAAGCAUGGAUCAAGCAGGACUCUAUCGAUUAUAUCCCAACUGCCGGCGACUCCUACGCAUCGUGAGAUACCAACGGAGGGCAGGAGAAGCUGUUUAAAUUAAACUCAAACUCUAACACAACCCGGAACCCUCAUUUUUCCCUAUAAAUAGCAGCCUUAACCUGCGUUUUAUUCACACCAAGAAAACGAUCAGUUCAGUCCCAUAUAUAUACAUAUAUACGUAUAUAUAUAUAUACUCUAUUUUUUUCGACCAUUCAUUUUAGCCAGAACCAAGCCCUGAAAACACUCUAGAAACCUUCCCCUUCGUGAGACGAAUCCAACGGAGAAACAAUCGUGGAAAACGAACGUCGGAGUAGGGAGAUACAGCUCGCCGGAGUUUCGCCGAGGAAAAACCUUCACGACGGAGAACGGAGGAGAAGGGACUGCCACCGCCGCCGCCAGUCCAUCACCGACUGUUACCGUCCAUCAGGAGUGCACCGCCACCGUCUUUGGCCGCACCGUCGAGGUGAUUAUCUAGAGACCGGAUUAGAGGAGGAUAACUAGGGGCAUCAGGACUUAAGGUGAUGAGUUGGAUGCCUAUGUGGAUUGAUGGAUUGAUCGAGCUUGAGUGCGAAUUAGAAGAUGUCUUAGUUAAAUUUAAUCAUGAAAUAAACAUUUAUUUAUUAUUUCAUUAGUUUUAAUAUUUUUGUUUGGAUUGUCUGUGCAUUCGGUUAAGAGAUGACCGGAUGUGGCGGUAACACUCAUUUCCCCUUUAGACUUCCGCUGUAUUUCUUCAACUCUUUGAUGAAUGAAUAAAGUAUUUCUUUUAAAUAUAUCAUUGUUUUGGGUGGUAAAUUUGGGGGUGUUACAAAGUUUAUAUUGAGCAACCUCCGGGGUUUGUUGCUCAGGGGGAGAAUAGGAAAGUCUGUCGACUUCGCAAGUCUCUUUAUGGUUUGAAACAAAGUUCCCGUGCAUGGUUCGGGAAAUUUAGCCAAUCAAUUGAAUGAUUUGGAAUGAUAAAAGGCAAAUCAGAUCACUCUGUAUUUUACAGACGAAUGAAAGCAGGUAUCACAUUGCUUGUGGUAUAUGUCAAUGAUAUUGUGAUUACAAGGAGUGGUAAUGUAGGUAUUUUGGCCCUAAAGAAUUUUCUUCAUAGUCAAAACCAGACAAAAGAUUUGGGCUCAUUGAAAUACUUCUUGGGGAUUGAGGUUACACGGAGUAAGAAAUACAUAUUUCUAUCUCAACGCAAAUAUGUGCUUGACUUACUAACUACAACAGGGAAAUUGGGGGCAAAACCGAGCAACACUCCCAUGAUUCCUAAUGUGCAACUCACUCAUGAAGGUAUACCAUUCGAAGAUCCGGAAAGAUAUAGACGGUUGGUUGGAAAACUUAAUUAUCUCGCAGUUACCCGUCCAGAUAUUGCAUACUCAGUGAGUGUAGUAAGUCAAUACAUGUCAUCUCCGACAGUUGAUCAUUGGAAAGUUGUA